AAUUGUAUUUCCUACGCGUUCUCUUUCUCUGUUUUGAUUUUUUUUUAGAACAAAAUGCCAGAAAUCCUAAGAAGAGGAAGGUAAUCACCAGUUUCUUACAGACAGUUGGCUUAACCAUUAUUUCCUACGCGUUCCAACCGGCUCUAUCUAUAGCUUGACUUGAGCAGAAGCAGUUUUAUUUUCACAUUGGAAUCUCACCAAAUCAGAUCCUCACACCUUUGCAUUUGAUCCCACCAACAUAAAAAAAUCUUUCAUACGAUUGGUUAGCUUUGCCCUAUGUCUCUCUAAAUAGGAAAAUUAUUGAUUAACAUCUUUAGUGGGUCCAACUGUUGCAAAAUUCCAGAUAGAUUUCACACCUUCCCAAAGUCAUCCUAAUAAUUUCUUUUCCCUCGGUUUCUUCGAAGAUCUUCUUUUUUCAUAAAUAUUUUCUUUCUUGAGUAGCUGACCUCCCUUAACCGGCUAAAACUAAUCAGAUGUUUAACCAUAAUUAUCUCCUACUUUUACUUAUAAUCUUCCUCUCGAUCUUCGCGAAACCUUUUCUUUGCGAUCCUAGAGCAACACAGGCAGCGCUAAUUUGCACCAACAGGACUGCCGUUUUAGAACGUCAACCCUUCGUCACAAACUUCUUAGCUACCAUGGAGGCAGUGACUCCACUGAUGGUCAGACAAGGAUAUGCAGCUGUUGUCAAUGGUACUGGCAACACCACGGUGUAUACAUUUGGUGAAUGCAUGAAAGAUCUUUCUUUUAAUGAUUGUAACCUUUGUUUUGCUCAGUGCAAGACUCGGAUCCUCGCGUGCUUUCCUUUUCAGCAAGGUACACGUGGAGGCAGACUUUUCUUUGAUGGGUGUUACCUAAGGUACGAUGAUUAUAACUUCUUUAAUGAAAGUCUAAGUUCAACGGAUAAAACAGUUUGUGGAACUAAAGAUUUUGGAGGGAACACGACUGUUUUUGGAGCUAAUGCUGUUGAAUUGGUGAGGAAUUUAAGUGCACAAGCUGUUAAAAAUGAUGGAUUCUUUGUUGGGUCAGUGAGUAGAGGAAAUGUAUUGGUUUAUGGUUUGGCUCAGUGUUGGGAGUUUGUGAAUGGAAGUGCUUGUGAGAAGUGUUUGGAGAAUGCGGUGUCGAGGAUUGGUUCAUGUACUCCAAAGGAAGAAGGGAGGGUCUUGAAUGCUGGUUGUUAUUUAAGGUAUUCGACACAAAAGUUUUACAACAAUUCAAUAACUGAUGAAAGAAUAGAGAUUGGAGGAGGCAACAAGACAGCUAUCAUCGCGGGAACAUCUUCUGCGGUAGCUCUUUUGCUCGUUGUUGUAUUGGUUGUUUUCUUCGUGAAUAGGAAACUUGUGAAGAAAAAGAGAGAGCGGAAGCUACUAGGAGCUUUACUGACCUCUGUGAAUAAAUCGAAGCUCAAUUUCUGCUAUGAAACUCUUGAAAAGGCCACAAAUUACUUCCACGAUUCCAGUAAGCUGGGACAAGGAGGAUCCGGGUCGGUUUAUAAAGGAAUUUUGCCAGGAGGAAAGGUUGUUGCCGUAAAGAGGCUUUUCUUUAACACAAGCCAAUGGGUGGAUCAUUUAUUCAAUGAAGUUAGUUUGAUCAGCGGCAUCGAUCACAAAAAUCUUGUAAAGCUGCUUGGAUGCAGCAUUACAGGCCCUGAAAGUCUUCUUGUUUACGAAUAUGUGCCGAAUCAGAGCCUUCAUGAUACCCUCUUUGGUAGAAAGGAUAUUGAGCCUCUGAGGUGGGAGUUGAGAUAUAAGAUCAUAUUAGGUGCAGCUGAGGGUUUGGCUUAUCUUCAUGAGGAAUCGAAUUUGAGAAUAAUACAUAGAGACAUAAAACUUAGCAAUAUUUUGCUUGAUGAAGACUUAAAUGCCAAGAUUGCUGAUUUCGGACUCGCAAGAUUUUUUCCAGAAGAUAAGACUCACAUGAGCACUGCCAUUGCUGGCACGCUAGGUUACAUGGCCCCAGAGUAUGUUGUUCUUGGCAAGCUGACUGAGAAGGCAGAUGUUUAUAGUUUCGGCGUUGUUGUUAUUGAAGUUGUCUGUGGAAAGAGGGCCAAUGCCUUAAUUCAAAAUUCAGAUUCUCUCCUACAAAUGGUUUGGGACCUUUAUGUGAAAGGAAUAGUACACAAAGCUGUUGAUCCAGUCCUAGCGGGUAAUAUUCAAAAAGAAGAAGCAUUUCAAUUGCUUCAAAUAGGCCUACUCUGUGUACAAGCCUCUGCAGAACUUCGACCAUCAAUGUCAAUAGUUGUGAAAAUGCUCACAAAUAAUCAUGAAAUACCUCAGCCAACGCAGCCCCCCUUCCUUAACCCUACUAGUGCAGAAAUUAGCUCACCGACUAGUCCUACAACUUGCAAUUCUAAGCCCGGGUCUUACAUCCAGUCUCAAGGGAAUAGCACCUCAGAAAGUUGGAUUGAACCUAGAUGAGCUGUUACUUCUAAAACCAUUCAGUAUACUGUU